AUGCUGCAGGACUGGGAGCCUCAUUCCCCGCACCGACUAGGAGCCUCGAACCCGCACCGUGAGGCGAACGAUGCUCCAGACAAACGAUACUCCAAACAUUUGCCCUCUAGUACUCAUUCCCCACACCGUGAGGCGAACGAUGCUCCAGACAAACGAUGCUCCAAACAUUUGCCCUCUGGUACUCAUUCCCCACACCGUGAGGCGAACGAUGCUCCAGAAUUGGGAGCAGACAUUUGUCCUCUGGUACUCAUUCCCCACACCACUUUUCAUUCCCCGCACCGUGAGGCGAGCGAUGCUCCAGACAAACGAUGCUCCAAACAUUUGCCCUCUGGUACUCAUUCCCCACACCGCGAGGCGAACGAUGCUCUAGGACUGGGAGCCUCGAACCCGCACCGUGAGGCGAACGAUGCCCCAGGACUCGGAGCAGACUCUAUAGGUACAAGGUCCCCUGAUUGUUCCCGGAAUUCUAACUGGAAGCGAGAAGAGGCCGGGAAAGGGCCUAUUUCCAACCAGAGGAAGAACGCAGGUCAGUCAUCGGCCGGGGCUUUCCAUAAAAUGACACAAGAUAAGAACUGGCAGCCUUUCUAG